AUGGCCCCGUCAGCAGCUCCCGCAACCCCAGAAACCCCAGCAACCCCCAUUACCACUGCUACCGAUGUUUCGGCUGAAACAAAGGUUUUUUUAGCACCUCUUCUUCGUGCUGUAAAGAAGAACAUCUUCCCAGACCAAGAUGUUACAAGUUCGCAAAGAGCAGCACCAAUCUAUAUUAGGGCUCAUCUCAGUUCCGACACGAACUCUGUGAAUUUCCAAUACGUCGACGGAAAAUGCCGGCUCGUUUCCACCUCCCUAGGCAGCUAUAUUACAAGAGAAUCCGGCCUAAAUCAAGCGACUAUGAAUUUUCUAGCGAUGUACCAGUUGGACCACUACAGCAUUAACACAAUUCAUGAGUAUAAUAUGUCAAUUGCUAUAUUCUUUGCAAGAGACCUAUUAAAGCACUGGGUGGCGGGCAACCCAGUGCAUACGUCGCUGAAUAAGGACGAUAUGAAUCUUGUUCUAUUUCAGCUAUGCCGCAAUAUCGACGAUGACACAAGGGCUUUGAAAAUGCUACAGGAACUCCCUGCUCCAACGCUUUUUUAA